AUGGUGAAGCCUUCAUUAUCAGACAACAUGGCAGCUUCAGAGAACACCACCUCAACCCAGACAGAUGAAUCGUACGUCACAGAAUGUUCCUGGCAAGCUACACAAGACGGUCCUCAGACUUUCAAAGUCGUCGGCAGAACCCCUCCUGCAGGUUAUGUGCUGCACCUCAGCAUCGUCGAUAAUCAACUCACGGAGCGAUUGACAAAACCGAACAUCGCAAACAGCUUCUUUCUUCUCGAGGAUGUUCGGAAGUUCGUCAACAGAAUCGACGCACAAGAGAUAGCAUUCCCUGAGAUCCCAGAAGGAAGUUUGGUCGAGACUUCGAUCAACGCACCUGUCUCACCCUAUCACAUGCUGAAAUACGCUUUGGAUAUUCAAUUCCUGGAAAUAUAUCUAUACAGCGAGGAGUUCCGUCGCGAAGAAGAAGAUGAUGAAGAUGGCCAGUCUGACGAAUGGUUUAUGUCAGAUCGGUUUGAUAUGGGCAGGCGCUUUAUCUAUUCAGCAAUGCAGCUGGAUAUGUUGAUCAAAGGAUAUAUGGAUGCUAUAUUGGACGGAAUGAAAGAUUCAGGCAAAGACGGAAUUGGAGAAGCCAGUGGAAGCAAUGAUGAAAUCAAAGGCGAGGUACAAAACGCUCGUCACCUGCUACAGUCAGGGCAGGAUCUACGGGAUGAUUUGGCUAAGCUGGAAGAAGAAUUUAUGGCCCAUUUUGGGGUUUCUGGUGAUAUGCUUGAUAGAUUCAGGGCACUGACUGGUCAAUUUUAUGGAGAUGCCAUUGAAUAUGAUGCAGAAGAGACAACUGGGGCAUUUAGUGGUCUGCAAGUAAAUGAUGCAGAAUGCGAGAGAGAAACAUCCGCGGGGGAAAAAGAGCCCUCGGCAGGCAGCUUGUAA